AUCAAUGUGAUGACGAUUGUUUACCUAUAAAAGUGGACAACACAAACAACAAGAUGACACCUUCUUAAAGUCUGACAUAUCAGCUUCCUUCUUCAACUACUAACAUGCCACUGAAUGAAUGUUAGGUUUCGUUUUAUGCUCCACAAGGUGAAAUAAAUAUGGUUAUCCUCUCCAAAAUUUGAGCAGCAAGAAAGAUGAUGAAGCCUACAGCAAAAUCAAUUCACAGAGUUGGUCGUUUCUUGAGGAAGACCCUUGGGAGCAUCAAGUCCACUAUCUGUUCCCGUGAUUACAAAAACUUACCAAACAACACUCCUCUCUUGAGCCCCUUCUCCUGCAGUAGCCGCUGUCCAGAAGAUUCCCAAACCAAAGGAACCUACACCGUUAUUUGUUGUGACACGGCUGUGGCAGAUACCACACUCAAGAAGAGUCUCAGCGACCAACAUAAAAAGAAACCGAAGAAAGUUGCAGCAGAGCCACUCGGGGAUGCAAAGAAAAGAGGUGACGCGCUGGCGCAGAAGAUGAAAGAUCUCAACAUGGUGGAUCUACGAGACGUGGAGCAUUCAUUGGAUGUUCGGGAAGCUCUUCGAUGCUAUUCAAGCAUCAGAAGCCCUGUCUACCUUGACAUUGUUGACAAUUUCUUCACAGACAUGUACUACGAGUUCUCUGAUCCUCGCACCUCUGCCACUAUCAAUGGUUCAAGAAGAAAAGCAGGCUCCUUCAGGCUCUAAGUCCCUCUCGAUCAGCAAUACACACAGCUUUGGUACAUUCACCUGUCACCUAUAGUUUCUACGGUUCUACCUCGUCUUGUAGAGUCAAGAUUAUUAUGCUCCUAUUCUCAAGUAUCAAUGCAACAUAUGUUCACCCUAUUUCACCUUUAAGUUAUGACUUAUGACAACUAAUACAGUUUCUAACUUGAUAUAUGACAGCAUACAACUCUGUUUUUGACUGUACUCAUUAUGAUGUUAGGAUAGAUAACAUUAUUCCAUUUCAUGAAAAAUGGAGAAAGCAAACAUAUGUAAUAGAGUAGCGAAGUUAUUCUUCUCAGAAUAUGAUAAAAGUUACAUCAUCACACGAUUAUGAUUAUCUGUUUUAACUUGAUAAAUUUGCAUAUU